AUGGCUGCUCAAGUCGCUAUCCCCCGGACUCAGACUGCCAUUAUCGCGGCCGACGCCGACGGCACCCUCAAGAUUGAUAGCAACGUUCCCGUCAUUGAGCUCGAGCCCGACGCGGUCCUCGUCAAGACUGCUGCUCUCGCUCUGAAUCCCGUCGACACCAAGAUGUUCAAGGGCUUCGCCGCCGAGGGCGCCAUUCUCGGGUUCGACUUUGCCGGCACCGUCGUCGCCGUCGGCUCCAACAUUACAAAGGACGUCAAGAUUGGCGACAGGGUGCUCGGCUCCGCCGACAGCAUGGACGUCAAGCGUCCCAGCGGCGGUGCCUUUUGCGAGUACGCCUCGACGCCCGCCAGCCUCACGCUCAAGAUCCCCGACGACAUGUCCUUUACCGACGCCGCCUGCAUGAGCACCUCGCUGGCUUCGGCCGGCAUGGCGCUGUGGUUCAGCAUGAAGAUCCCCUCCACCAUGGACAGCCCGGCGACUGGCGACAAGCGGCCUUAUGUGCUGGUCUACGGCGGCUCUACCUCGACCGGCACCAUGGCCAUCCAGCUGCUCAAGAACGCCGGUCUCCGGCCCAUUGCCACCUGCUCCCCACACCACAACGAGUUUGUCCUCUCCUACGGUGCCGAGACGGUCUUUGACUACCACUCCCCCACCUGCGCAAAGGACAUUCGCGCUUACACCGGCAACGCUCUCGCCUACGCCAUUGACUGCAUCACCCUCGCCUCCUCCAUGAAGAUUUGCUACGAGGCCGUUGGUCGUGCCGGUGGCCGCUACUGCGCCCUCGACCCCUUUCCCGAGACCCAGGCCACCCGCCGUGUUGUCAAGCCCGACUGGAUCCUCGGCUCGACCGUCAAGGGCCGUGGCUCCAUGUGGCCCGCCCCCUACGGCCGUGAGCCCGAUCCCGAUGCUCGCUCCUUCUGCGAGGACCUCUACGCCGCUGCCCAGACCCGCCUGGACGCUGGUCAGCUGAAGAACCACCCGGCCCAGGCCAUGCAGGGUGGCUUUGAGGGCAUUCUCGAGGGUAUUGAGAUGAUUCGCCGCAAGGAAGUCAACGGCUUCAAGCUUGUCUACGAGAUCAAGAACUAA